AUGGCAAGGACGGAGGUCUAUGGCCCUUCUAAGCAGUUCACCAAAAUCAAAGAGCUAGAACUGGUCCCAGAAAAAGCCCAGGAGGAGGCGGCGGGCGGAGUGCGCAGAGCGAAGGAGACCCCAAGCCCCAGGGAAGCGGAGGCCGGGUGCACCUAUGGGGCUCUCCUGGCCAAGAUCUCCGAGGGCGGGCAGGAGCUGGUGCCCGCUGCCAUGGAGGACGGCGGGACCCACAUCCUGACCCUGCAGGCCGUGUACCCCCCCUUCGAGGACGGGGAGCUGCCGGAGGUCGGCCGUCAGGCGCCACAGCACCAGGAAGGGGUGCCGGUGAUGAUGCCGCCGGCCGGCAGUGGGCUGCCCUCGCUGCUGUGGGUCCGAGAGGGGGCCCAGCAGGGCCUGCACGAGUGCGUGGCCAUCAGCAUCCAGGACGAGGUGUACUCGCUGCAGGCGGUGGAGCCCGUGCAGUUCCACGUCCUGCAGGACGGCGUGGGCCUGGCCCCGGAGGACAGGGAGGGUGUGGAGAGCCUGCCCGGAAGCGCUGGGCUGAUGCAGCUUGAGACUAGUCGGGAGGAGGACCAGCUGCCAGCUGGAGGCGGCGUCCAGCAAGCGCCAGACCAGUUCUUCCUUGUGGAAGCGAGGCAGGGAGAGGACGUUGUUCUGGCCAUUUCCAACUUAACCGGAGAGGACACAGAAGAGCAUCUCGCCUCCAGUGAGCCACCUGUUGAAAUAGCCAACUCUCCGAAAACUCAGCAAGAGACCAAGGGAGGAGCGCAGGCCUUCCGCUGUGACCUGUGCCCGUUCACCACGGCCAAGGCGGCGAGCCUGAACCGUCACGUGAAAACCCACACCAGCGAGAAGCCGCACGUGUGCCACCUGUGCCUGAAGGCCUUCCGCACCGUCACGCUCCUGCGGAACCACGUCAACACCCACACAGGAACCAGGCCCCACAAGUGCGGAGACUGCGACAUGGCAUUCGUCACCAGCGGGGAGCUCGUCCGGCACAGGCGUUACAAACACACCCACGAGAGGCCGUUUAAAUGUCACUUGUGCAAGUACGCAGGCGUGGAAGCGAGUAAGCUGAAGCGCCACAUCCGGUCCCACACAGGGGAGCGUCCCUACCAGUGCCUCCUCUGCAGCUACGCCAGCAAGGACACCCACAAGCUGAAGCGACACAUGAGGACGCACUCGGGCGAGAAGCCCUACGAAUGCCACGUGUGCCACGCGCGCUUCACCCAGAGCGGCACCAUGAAGAUGCACAUCGCGCAGAAGCACAGCGAGAACGCCCCCAAGUACGAGUGUCCGCACUGUGCCGCCCUCAUCGCGAGGAAGAGCGACCUGCGGGUCCACGUGCGCAACCUGCACACGUACAAAGCCACGGAGAUGGAGUGCCGCUACUGUCCCGCCGUCUUCCAUGAGCGCUACGGCCUCCUCCAGCACCAGAAGACGCACCGGGGCGAGAAGAAGUUCAAGUGUGAGCAGUGCAGCUACACCUGCAAGCAGGGGCGCCACAUGGCGGCGCACACCCGGACCCACGCCGGAGAGGAGCCCUUCGCCUGCCCGGCCUGCGGCCAGCGCUUCCAGAAGGAGGAGCAGCUGGGUGCCCACGCCGGGAAGUGCCAGGCUGCCGCCCUGCCCCCCAGCGGGCACGAGUGCCCCACGUGUGGGAGAGGCUUCUCGCGCUGGACCAACAUGCGGAGACACGCGGAGAAGUGCGCGGCGGCCGGAGCGGGAGGAUGGACCGCGGCGCGGACCCGGGCGGCCCCGGAGGAGGAAGACGAAGCCGCUGCCGGGGAGGCCAAGGAGGCCUCCGUGGUGAGGGGAGACCAGUACCCAGGAGAGAUGAGUCCUGUCCACUCCGGGGGAGCUGGACUCCUGGACCUGGACGGAGACCUGACCUGCGAGAUGGUCCUCAAGAUGCUGAAUGAGUGA